CGUGGCCACCUCCUCCACCCACCUCACCCACCACCUCUCUCUCUACUCCUCCUCUUCUCCUCCUCCGUCUCGAGCGAGCUCUCUCCUUCCUUGUCUCGGGUCUCGGCAUUGCAUUUGCAUUGGGGGGCAUUGCUAUUGCUUCGCUUGCGCUUGGCCACCCACCAUUUCGGCGCGGAGAGGAGACCGCUUCACCCGCCGAUCUGCGAGAAACCCUCUCCGCCUCGCCUCCUCCACCUCCCAAUCUUAACCCAACCUCCCCCCUUCCUCUCGCGUCGACCCCUUGCUUUGCUCCUCCUUCAACCUUCUUCUUUCUUGGAGUUUCUUGAGAGAGAGAGAGAGAGAGAGAGAGAGAGAGAGAGAGAGAGAGGGGGGAGCGGUCGCAGGAGGAGGAGGACGGCGGCGUCUGCUGCGACCGACGGGGAGCGGCGAGGAUGAGCGCGUCCAGGUUCAUAAAGUGCGUCACCGUCGGGGACGGCGCCGUCGGCAAGACCUGCAUGCUCAUCUCCUACACCUCCAACACCUUCCCCACUGAUUAUGUUCCGACGGUGUUUGACAACUUCAGUGCCAACGUCGUGGUUGAUGGUAACACCGUCAACCUCGGGCUAUGGGACACUGCAGGUCAGGAGGAUUACAACAGACUGAGACCACUGAGUUAUCGUGGAGCUGAUGUUUUCCUUCUGGCCUUCUCGCUAAUCAGCAAGGCCAGCUAUGAGAAUGUUUCAAAGAAGUGGAUACCUGAGCUGAAGCAUUAUGCACCUGGUGUGCCUAUCAUCCUUGUGGGAACAAAGCUUGAUCUUCGAGAUGACAAGCAGUUUUUUGUGGACCAUCCUGGUGCUGUUCCUAUCACCACUGCUCAGGGAGAGGAACUAAGAAAGCAAAUAGGCGCCCCAUACUACAUCGAAUGCAGCUCAAAGACCCAACUAAACGUCAAGGGCGUUUUCGAUGCGGCAAUAAAGGUGGUGCUGCAGCCACCCAAGGCGAAGAAGAAGAAAAAGGCGCAAAGGGGGGCGUGCUCCAUUUUGUGAUCUAAUCAUCAGUAGACGACGAAGAAGAAGAACGAUGAAGUUGCCAGGCUUUAUUAUUGUUGCGUCUUGCUUCAGCGAAACAGCAUUCAUGGUCCGGGGAUCCUAGUUUACUGGCAGCUGCAGCAAGGCCUCUUUGUCGAGGCAAUGAGCGAUCCGUUUGUUUCAUUUUCUCCUUUCUGCCUUGUGAUUAUCUCGUGUGACUGACAAGUCGUGGCAAUUAGGUAACUUUCCUAGAUGGUAUUUCCUGUGUUUGAGAAAAAAAAUUCUUGUUAUCCCUGUUUCAUAAGUAGACAUGAUGUAAUCGCACUCAGUUUAUUCUUUUCCUUCUUAUUUCACUUCAAUGGAAAAUUAUGUUUCCCCUUCAUA